CACGAUAUCCUUCCCCUUGUGAUGCCUCGAUCAGCAUCACCCGAACCCGUUCGAGCGUCUUCAUCAAGUCAUAGGCAUCGAGAUGAUGAUAGAAGCUACAAAGAUGAUCGUCAGAGGAUGAAGGAGAGAGAUCAUGAAAGCUAUUCAAAGCGCCAUCGAUCAGAAUAUGACGAUAGGUAUGAAUCUGACAGAAAACAUAGACAUUCCGAUUCAAGGCGAAGAGAUGAUUAUGAAGACGAUGAAGAAAGAAGAAGGCGGAGAAAGAGGAGAGAAAGGGAAGAGAAGGACCGAGAGUAUGAUCGAAAGCAUAGAGAGACAUCAAGAGAACGCGAAGAACGCAAAAGGCGACACAAGGAAAAGUCUUCGAAAAGGCAUCGCAAUGGAUCCGAUGAGGAUGAUGACAAAAAGGCGGAAAGAAGAGCAAAAGCUGCGGAGACUUUGCUGUACACAACAGAAACGGAUGAUACCCAGAAGACCGGAAAUGAAAAUGGGCCAAAUGGCUUGCAGUCAUUCACAUGGGCAAAAAAGGCAGAGAGGGAACGUAAGAUGGGCAUGACACCCGCCGAAGCUCGAAAGAGAGAUGAAGAAAGAAGGCGUGAAGCAGAAGAGGAAAUCGCACGCUUGAACCAAAAACGUGCUGAACGUGAAAAAGAACAAGCCAUACGCGAAGAGGAGGAAUCGCGAAUGGCUAGAUUAGCAGAAAGUGCAGCAAUGGCAGAAUGGGUGGCGAAAGAGGAUGAUUUCUAUUUGGAACAAUCGAGAAAGCGAGCUGUGAUUAGAGUUCGUGAAAACCGUGCAAAACCUAUCGACUUACUUGCCAUCAAUUUGAAAUGGAUCAACCCUCCAUCUGCUCAUGAUCAACAGUCUCAAGCCAAAUCGGAUUCAUUGCACCCUGCCGAGCAAAACCUAUCAAUGGAAGAAGACGAUGAUCAAGAUGGCGAUCUUGAGAUCGAUCUGGAAGAGCCCUAUCUGCUCUUUGACAAUCUUGAUUUGGAAGGAACGGAGGAGCUGUAUCAGGACAUUCAAAUGUAUCUCAGCUUGGAGAAGAACGAUCAAAACCUCGAUUUCUGGAGAUCGAUGAUUGUGGUAUGUGAUGACACUUUGGCAGACUUGCGCGCUGCUGCAGGUCAAAGCACAAACGAGGCCGGCGUUCGAUCACGAAUUGAUCCAUCCGUCAAGUCUGAGAUGGACAAUAUGUUAUCGAGCAAGUCACAAGCACAAUUGUUGGAAUUGCAAGAGCAAGUACGAGCUAAGUUGCGAAGUCACGAGCCUAUCGACGUUGAAUACUGGGAAGGGUUGUUAAAAGCGAUCGUUGUUUGGCGUGCUAAAGCUAAGCUGCGUGAUCUGCAUGAGGUCAUCUUGAGCAACCGUUUGGAGCAUUUGCGCCAACGACAACGAAUUGAAGAAGAACGCAGGACAAGACUUGGACUACCCUCAAUUGAAGAAGAAAGGGUUGCGAAAGCUGCAGAAGCUGCUCGUCGUAGAGCUGAACGCGAAGCACAGAAACAAUACGAUGACGGUAGUGAAGAUCUGUUUGCCAAAGAGGCUGCCAAAGCUUUGGAGGAAGACGAAGAAGUUUUCGCCAGUAGAGAUGAAGACUUGGCAGCAAUCCAAGACUCAAGUACGUCAAAUGUGUAUUCUUGGGAAGAUAAAUAUAGACCUCGCAAACCACGCUAUUUCAACAAAGUGCAUACCGGUUUCGAGUGGAACAAAUACAAUCAAACACAUUAUGACCAUGAUAAUCCACCUCCAAAACAAGUUCAAGGGUACAAGUUCAACAUUUUCUAUCCUGAUCUCAUCGACAAAUCUAAACCGCCAACAUUCCGAAUCGUGAAGGAGAAGGGCAACGAUGAAACGUGUCUAAUCAUAUUCGAAGCGGGUCCGCCAUACGAAACAAUCGCUUUCCGAAUCGUGAACAAGCCGUGGAAUAUGAGCCAUCAAAGAGGUUUCAAGGCAGUAUUCGAAAGGGGUGUCUUACAAUUACACUUUAACUUUCAAAGAAUGUUCUAUCGCAAAUGAUUGCAAAGAAGAAAUCUCCCACAUCUCGCUCGCAUCUUGUACUAUAUACGCUGUAUUGUAUGAAUAUCCGCAAAUUGCGUCUAUUAUAACAUCUAAAUGUACAUCAUUAUCAAACCAAACCAACAUUUCGCAUAUCUUCCAACAACCUACGUUCCUCUGCGGAUAAAUUGCCCGCCUCUAAAUCCGCACUUUGACCAUCUGGAUGUCCUUCGGGUAUAUCUAAUAAAUCUCUUCUCGGUCUGCCAGGAAAGAUGAUCCAAUCUUCGGCUGAAUGUGCUCUGCCUUGUCUUCUUGAUCUGCUUGCUUCACGUGUAUUUCUAAGAGCUUGACGGAGAGUAUACAAGAAUCCAACAGGUGCAUCAUCCGUAGUUUCUUCGUUAUUUUCAUUGCCCGUUGUGGUAUUUGAUUCAUUGUUCCCUUCAUUCUCUCGUCUU